AGAUAAGCAGUCAGAAGUGGGUUCUAAAUCAGCAAUCUCUCUAUCUUAUAACUUAAUAUUUACUAGUGCAAAGUAGAUACUGCCCAGCACUGAAUCUCAGAUUACCCAGAACCAUGGCGCGCCUCUUACUCCUAGCGUCGCUCGCAUUACUACUAAUCUCCGCGUCAGCAGAAACCGUGACCACAGGACCCAACAACCCCUCAGUUUCCCUCGACAAGGCCCUCGGCGCGAACGGCGUGGCGACGGACGUCCCGAAGGGCAUCGAGCAGGCGGCGGCGGACGGCAAGCUGGACACGUUCAAGGGCACGACGGUGGUUAGCCCCAGCACCGACAGCAUGCUCCUGGUAGACGUAAAAAAGGCCGGGUGGAAUGCGAUGAAAUGCCACAAGGAUUUGGGCGCGCCCGGGCAAGGUGCGUGCACGCCCGCCAACUGCAGCAAGGGUGGCAUCCCCGCCAAGUGGAAGACCGCGAAUCUGCUGAAGAACAAGCUGGGCAUUGAGAUGUACGUGAAGGGGAAUCCGUUGACGCUGAAGAAGGCGUCCCCGCAGACGUGCUGCAACACGUGCGCGGCUUACAAGAGCUGCACGUACUGGCAGUACAUCCCCGAUAUAACCAUCGACGGCAAGAAGACGGAGGGCGCGUGCUACCUCGUGCACGACGAUAUUGAUUACACGUGCGGCGAGCUCACCGCGCAGUACGCGACCGACUCGAAGCCGCUCUCGCUGCAGGUGCGUACGGGCGGCGAGUGCAACCCGCGCGCGAACGUCGUCAACGACCCGCAUCUGGUGGGCGCGUUCGGCACGCACUUCGACUUCAACGGCCGGCCGGACAAGCCAUUCUGCCUGCUGACCGACAAGGACCUGCACGUGAACAUGCUGCUCCGCGGAUACUAUAGCGAGGAUACCGAGAACGCCGCGCUCGUGGUGGACGGCAAGGCGGUGCACACGUGGAUCAAGGAGCUCGGUAUAGUGUGGUUCGCUAAGGGCGCGGAUCACAAGCUGCGCGUGGCUGCCCGCGCAGGGAAGCAGCAGGAGCGCGGCGAUGGGUUCGUGAAGACGAUCGAGAUCGACGGCGAGGAGAUCCCGAGGAUGACCGUCGGCGACGAGGUGACAUCCGAGGGCGGUCUCACCCUGCGCUUCGCUGCUCUCGAGAAGGAGGGGCCGUACGACGUGGAUUACUACACGCUAAGCAUCGACGGGCUUGUCGCCCUCGACCUGAGGCUGCGUGUGGCCAACCCCAAGCUGCAGACCCCCAACGACGCAGAGGCGCAUAUUAACGUGGGGGUUGUCGAGCUGGAGCACACUGACGACGUCCACGGCGUGCUCGGCCAAACCUACCGCCCCGACCACGCGGCACGUGCGGCGAAUUUCCAGCGACUCAUGGCGAACCUGCACCGGCCGGUGUCGGCUGACAGCGAGGAGGGCGUUGGGUUUCUGGACGGCACUCCGCGGUCGUACGAGUCGAGCUCGGUGCUGGCCGUGGACUGCGCCCACACCGAGUACCAUCGCGCCAAGCAGCUCAGCCCCGUCGAGCAAUUCCCCAUGGAGCCGCUCAACUAAACGGGGGUGUGAUUAUAUGGGUGGUGGUUGUGUGGACGGAUAAAGUAUUCGGAGUUGGUUUGUGGGAAAUUUUGGUGGGCUGAUUUUGCCCGCGAUAAGCGUGCAUGUGUAUAUGUACACCGGCCUGGAAUCGGGCCUAUUCUUUUGUUGUAAUUGGGCUGUUGCCCAUUCUUUUUAUUCAAGUUU